AUGAGGACCAUAGAACUAAAAAAAGAACUUAUUGCCAAGUUUGAAAGCGGUACAAGGGUGUCCGACCUGGCUGCUCAGUACAACAUGGCCAAGUCCACCAUAUCCACCAUUUUGAAAAAGAAAGAAGCCAUCAAAGCUGCCGAUGUGGCAAAAGGAGUAAAAACGCUUACAAGCAGGAGACCUUAUCGAAUGGAAGAUGUGGAGAAACUUCUACUUAAGUGGGUCACCGAGAGGCAGGCGAGGGGUGAAAAAGUGUCGGAGCCUAUCAUUUGCGAGCGCGCCCGGCAGCUGUACAGCGACCUGACUCGCGACAGUCCCGGGGACAGCGUGGACGACUUCAAGGCGAGCAGGGGCUGGUUUGAAAACUUUAAAAAGAGAAGCGGGAUCCGCUACGUGGUCCGGAAGAGGGAGACCCUGCGUGCCGAUAAAGAAGGUGCCAAAAAAUUUGCGGAAGAGUUUCAGUCGUUUGUGGGGAGCGAAGGCUUUCUACCCCAGCAAGUGUUCAACUGCGAUGAGACGGGACUCUUUUGGAAGAAGAUGCCCAAGAGAACGUACAUUACACGGGAAGAGAAAAGCCUGCCAGGACAUAAGCCCAUGAAAGACAGGCUGACUCUACUGCUGUGUGCUAACGCAAGCGGGGACUGCAAAGUCAAACCUCUGCUGGUGUACCACUCGGAAACCCCGAGAGCGUUUAAAAAGAACAAUGUGCAGAAAAACAAGCUCAGCGUUAUGUGGAGGUCCAAUCCCAAAGCGCUGGUCACUACGCAGUUCUUUACUGAGUGGUUCCAGGAGGUGUUUACUCCCAGCGUGGCGGAAUACCUGACGGAGAAGAAUCUUCCACUCAGGGCCCUUCUGGUCCUGGACGCCGCGGUGGCUCAGCCAUCGGGGUUGGGAGAAGAUUGGAGCAGUGACCACGACUUCAUCACGGUCAAGUUUUUGCCGCCCAACACCACACCUCUGCUCCAGCCCAUGGACCAGCAGCUCAUCUCCAACUUCAAGAAGCUCUACACAAAGGCACUUUUCCAACGGUGCUUCGAGGUGACCAUGGAGACCAACCUCACCUUGAGAGAAUUUUGGAAAGACCACUUCAACAUCCUCCACUGCUUGACCGUCUUGGAGAAAGCCUGGGAACAAGUCACCAAGAGGACGGUGCAGUUGUCCUGGAGGAAGCUGUGGCCAUCCUCCAUGGUGCCCAGGUUCUUCGAAGGCUUUGAACCCGACCCCGCUCUGGAAACGGACGUGGUGGACGAGAUCGUGUCCCUGGGCAAGUUCAUGGGCCUGGAGGUAGACAGCGACGACGUGGAGGAGCUAGUGGAAGAGCACACCCUGAUGCUCUCCACCGACCACCUGCAGGACGUCCAGCAGCAAGGCCUUCCCGAGGACGGGUCCUCCGAGGAGGAAGACGCCGGCUGGAACGACAACAUUCCCACCGCGGAAAUCAAGGAGAUGCUGGGCUACUGGGCCAAGACGCAGAGUCUGGUGGCCAAGUGGCACCCGAGUGUCGCCGUGGUGAAGAGGAACAUCAACCUGUUCGACGGCAACGUGGUGGAGCACUUCCGAGGCAUCCUGAAAAGUCGCAAGAGGCAAGCGGCUUUGGACAGCAUCUUCUCCAAAGAAGAAGCCAGUUGUGGAAGCAGCAGCAGCGGAAGUGAGCUUCAAGCCUCCAUCAGCGGAGUUAAGAGGAGAAGGAAGGACUGUGCGCUGGAAGGUGACUUGGAUCAAGCCUUUACGGGAGAGGACUCGCCUUCUGUGGAGUAA